UGGUUUGCGGUCAAGCUUUAUGGCCUUGAACAUAUCUAAACGAGUUGAUCUGAACGACGGAACAAGAAUCCCCCUUUUUGGAUUGGGGACAUUCAGAGCCGACGAUUCAGCAGUAUCCGAGGCUGUCAUUAGUGCCACUAAUAUCGGAUACCGCCUUAUUGAUACUGCAGAAUAUUAUGGACUGGGCAUGGACUACGUCGAUUUGUACCUCAUCCACCACCCUUUAGGCGGAAAGGUCAUUGAGACAUACAAAUGUCUUGUGGAACUUCAAGAGAAGGGACUGGUCAAAUCUAUUGGAGUCUCCAACUUUGGAGUUGCCCACUUGGAGAGACUGAGGACAGCUAAUUUGCCAACUCCCGCAGUAAAUCAGAUCGAGCUCCACCCAUGGCAACAGAAAGUGGAGAUUGUGGAGUAUUGUCGUGAACAUGGAAUAGUGCCAAUGGGGUACUCUCCUUUGGCGAAGGGGACCAGAUUGAGUGACCCACAAUUGGUCGAGAUUGCUCACAAGUAAUUGCUUUUUCUACGUGAGUAUGGCAAGACCGCGUCACAGAUCUUGCUGAGGUGGAGUCUCCAGUCCGGGUUUGUGACUAUUCCCAAAUCAGCAAACUGUGACAGGAUCACUGAAAACAGUCAGGUUUUUGAUUUUGAGCUGUGCCCGAGUGAUAUGGCUAUUCUGGUUUAUUAUUCUUCAAUAUUUGUAGAACGCCUUUUCGCAGAUUUCGUGUACGUGGAAUCCAACAAAUGA